AUGGACAAAUCGCGUUGUGCCUCAAAGAAAGAUGACGACGAUGACGAUGAUGUUGUAGAUGAUAUAAACUGGUCAGACGACGAAACAGACGAUACAAAGAAAAUUUCUUUUCCAGAAUUGGAGAAAGCAAUUUUAACUGUAUUAGAAAAAUUUGAAGCUGUAUUUCCGAAAUUAAAUUGGAGUAGUCCAAAAGAUGCUCGUUGGAUGAUAUGUGAUAAUCGUUUGAGAUGUACAAAUCUUGCCGAUAUAUUUUCAUUACUUAAAAGUUCCGAUUUUAUUACACAUGAUCUUCACGAACCGUUCAAAUUUUGUCGAGUUAACGACGAAAACGUAUCAGAUGAUAAAGAAAUUCAAUAUGUGCUCGUUUUGAAGAAAUGGUAUGCACUACAGCCAUCCAAAGAAUUUCGGUGUUUUGUGAAAAACAAUCAGAUUAUUGCUAUUAGUCAACGUGAUAGUGACAACUUUUACGAUUAUAUACUACAAACUUCAAAUGUUAUCGCUGAUAAUUUAAAAACCUUUUUUGAAAAGAAUAUAAAAGGCAAAUUUUUAUCCAUAAAUUUUGUUGUCGAUAUUUACCGUCAAGAUGAUGUGAAUGAACCAGAAUUUCGUUUCGUUGGUUCACAGCACGGUGUUAAACCAAAUAGUUUUACACAAUACUCAAUGCCAAAAGAUAUUGCUGAUAUAACACGAGAACGUGAUAUUGAUAAACUGAUUGAUGUUAUCGCUAUGGCGAAACGUUUUUUUGAAAAUGCUUCUCAUGUUGUACAAUAUGCCGCUUAUCGUCCAACUUAUUCUCAAGCAUUAAUUGAAAAAAUUAUGAAUUAUCUUUCGUUGAAAUACAAAGGUGAUUACGAUAUUGCAAUUGAUAUUGGAUGUGGUUCGGGACAGAGUACAAAAUUAUUGUCUCCUUAUUUUCAGCAAGUAUACGGAUAUGAUGUGAGUAAAAAUCAAAUAAAACAAGCAAAUGAAAAAAAUACAAAUUCAAAUGUAAAAUACCGCUCUGAAAAUAUUAUUUCCCAUGAUAAUAAUUCUUUAUGUCUUGUAACUGUUGCUCAGGCAGCCCAUUGGUUUAAUUUACAACAAUUUUAUUCAGAAGCACAUCGUACAUUGAAAUUAAUGGGUGUAUUAGCAGUCUAUGGUUAUGGAUUUGUUGAACUUCAUGGACCACAAAAUAAGAGAUUAAAUGAAAUUGUAACGAAUUUUUACCGUAAAGUUCGUCCAUUUUUUCCUGAUGAUCGAAUUCAUAUCGAUAACAAAUAUUCAUCAAUUAUUUUACCAUAUGUCGAACGAGAAAGAGAUGAAAGUGUAAAAAUUAAUUGUACAUGGGAUAUUCAACGAUUAUUAGGUUACAUUUGUACAUGGUCGGGCUAUCAAAAUUAUGUGAAAUUGCAUCCGAAUAACGAUAUUAUCAAUGAUUUACGUUCAGAACUUUUUUCAACUCUCAAUACAACGAAUGAAAGUGAAAAAAUUGAACUUAGUUUUGAUACAUUUAUACUGAUGGGGCGCAAAACUUCAAAUGAUUUAUAUUGA